AAACGGUUACCUUGUGAAGACGAAGAAUGGCAAGAACCAAGCAAACCGCCCGUAAGUCCACCGGAGGAAAAGCUCCAAGGAAGCAGCUUGCAACAAAGGCUGCUCGCAAAAGUGCUCCUGCCACCGGCGGGGUCAAGAAACCUCACCGUUACAGGCCCGGCACAGUGGCUCUUCGUGAGAUCCGCCGCUACCAGAAGUCUACCGAGCUUCUCAUCCGCAAGUUGCCCUUCCAACGUCUUGUUAGGGAGAUCGCCCAGGACUUCAAAACCGACCUUCGCUUCCAGAGCUCCGCCGUUAUGGCUCUGCAGGAAUCCAGCGAGGCUUACCUCGUCGGCCUGUUUGAGGACACGAAUCUGUGUGCCAUCCACGCCAAGAGGGUGACCAUCAUGCCCAAAGACAUCCAACUGGCUCGCCGCAUCCGCGGGGAGAGGGCUUAGAUCUUCAGUCACUACAACCACAACAACGGCUCUUUUAAGAGCCAAAACUUACCACUAAAGUUAGCAUUCCUCAAUAUGUUAAGUAAUUGAUUCAUAUCAUGUAACUAGCAAACUACCUUAGCGUAAUUAUACAUUAAAAUGUA